ACAGCAAGUUUUGGCACCCAGCAGAGGGAGGGCGAGAAGCAAAGUGCGGGAAUGUUUUGGGCACUCGGCUUUCGCCGGGACCACUGAGAGCGCGGCGGCGGCAGCGGCAGCGGCAGAGGCAGAUACUGCUUCCUUGUACGGACAGAGGUGUCCAGUUGUUCAACGAGAGCUUCCUCCGCUUUGCGGAGCCCAAUGACCAGCAGCGUCCUGACGGGCAGCCUGGGCGGCGGCAGUAGCAGCGCCGACGAGCCCGUCUUCACGCAGCUCAAACCGGUGAGCCUAAACUCAGAGGAGCAGACGGCGAUGUUCGGGGGCAUGAAGAGUCCUGCGGCGGGGAUACUGGCGGCCGAUGAGCUGGCCCAGACGCGGUGUGAGAUGGAGAAGUACCUGUCCCCCCAGCCACUGCCCGCCCCUGAGUUGAAGAAGUUCCGACGGGACAGUGCCUCAGUAGUGGACGAGUUCUUCCAGGAUGAAAAGCCGUCGCCAUACAGCGUCAACAUCAAUGUGAUUCUGCCUGAUGUCACUCACCUACGCACUGGUCUCUAUAAACCACAAAGGCCAUCCAUGGCUCAGUCCCAUUCAGAAGACGUUAACGCCUUUACCCAGGCAAGCAGGACACUUACGACCCCGUCCCUGCCCGAGUUCACCAGUGUGUUUAACACCGCACAGUCUACAGACGUCAGUGGUGCCUUCAUUAAGCAGGAGCUGCCCUCUCCCGAAAUGCAUUUGCCUGCGAACCCCCAACAAGGUCAGCUUUACCAGCUGCUGAGCUCCCCAGACCUGGUGAGCAUCCCUGGCAAUGAUCCACACACACAAGGUAACUCGCCAUGUAUGGGCAACCUCGCCAGUGCCUCAGUAGCAUCAGGCAUGAACACCCUAGCCACUGGGCAUCCUCAGACAGUAGUGAAGCACUUCCAUUCUAUCUCAGCCAGUACCUAUGCCAUGGCAGCCCAGUUCUUCCAACAGCAGCCCUCGUACCUGCCCCCAUCACCUCCAAACUCUGAGCCUGGGAGCCCCGACAGGCAGCCGGAACUGCUGCAAACCAUGACCCCACCUCCAUCGUACGCCGCUUCCAUUGCCUGCAAGUUGGGGUCACCUGCUCCGACGCGUGCCCUCCCAGCUAAUUUGCAAGCUGCACAGCAGAACAUCUCGCCAGUCAAGUUCAACCGGAGGAAUAAUCCGGAGCUGGAGAAGAGAAGAAUUCAUCACUGUGACUUUCCGGGUUGCUGUAAAGUAUACACCAAAAGUUCACAUUUAAAAGCACACCUGAGAACUCACACCGGUGAGAAACCAUACCAGUGCACCUGGGAAGGCUGUGACUGGAGAUUUGCACGCUCUGAUGAACUGACUCGCCAUUUCCGGAAACACACUGGCGCCAAGCCUUUCCAGUGCUCAGUGUGUAGCCGCAGCUUUUCCCGUUCUGACCACUUAGCCCUGCACAUGAAAAGACACCAGAUCUAGGUCGUGGAUCCACACUGAAUUGGUCCUCCUUCAUCUGAUGUUGCUGUCCUGUCAACACUCCAGGUUGCUGUUUAUGUAAACCUUGCUGCCAGGGCUCCUUUGUUUCAGUCUGGAGUAAAGGAGGUUUCAAUGAAAUGCAUAACUUUAACUUGAGGUUUGAAAACUGGAACUGUGUAUAUUCUGUACAUACUCACUGGGACUUGGGAACUGUGUUGAAUAAGCAAACUUUAUGAAAUUUAUAAUAGAGAUUGAUUGAUAUGAUUAUUUUCGAUUUGCUUUAUGUUAAACUAAGCUCUCAUCCAUUUCAUAGAAGCACUUGCACUACAGUGUAGUUGCUAACAACACACACAAAAAGUACUGGUGAACGCAGCAGGCUAGGCAGCAUCUAUAGGAAGAGGUACAGUCGACGUUUCGGGCCGAGACCCUUCAUCAGGACUAACUGAAAGAAGGGAUAGUAAAUAAUAUUUAUUUACUAUUAUUUUUUUCCCUCUUUUUACUCCCUCUGUCCCUCUCACUAUAACUCCUCGCCCAUCCUCUGGGCUUCCCUCCCCCUUUCUUUCUCCCCAGUCCUCCUGUCCCAUGAUCCUCUCCCUUCUCCAGCCUCCUUUUGCCAAUCAACUUUCCAGCUCUUAGCUCCAUCCCUCCCCCUCCUCUCUUCUCCUAUCAUUUCAGAUCUCCCCCUCCCCCUCCCACUUUCAAAUCUCUUACUAUCUCUUCUUUCAGUUAGUCCUGACGAAAGGUCUUGGCCCGAAACGUCGACUGUACCUCUUCCUAGAGCUGCUGCCUGGCCUGCUGCGUUCUACAGUACUUUUUGUGUGUGUUGCUUGAAUUUCCAGCAUCUGCAGAUUUCCUAGUGUAGUUGCUAAUACUGUUAUUUACAACUGCCAAGUUCACAGGAUAAAACUUUCUCUAAUGUUUUGACCAAAGCACUGUAUGGUCUUGGCAGUGUUUAGUAAAUGUACCAACAACAUUGAGUAAAGAGGGCACAAUGUAAACUAACAUAGUUAAUAUUAUCUACUGAACGCAGAAAGGGAAUUCAGCUUCGCUAAUACUUGAGGUUUUUGAAUCACUUUAUGGAAGUUUAUAUCAGCAGGAUAUGGGUGUUGAAUUUAACUGUACAACUGCAAGUGGUUGCUAUGGUGGGGCCAGAUUACUUGAGCUUAAUGAGGCAACAGUGCAGAACCAGCAUAUUUUUGGAGUGCUUUUAUAAUGCUUUCUACAAACAGAAAAUGAAUUAUUUUUAAGGAUUUUGGAGAUCUAAUCUAGACUGGCCCUGCCAAGCCGAUUUCACUUAAUUUCCUCCUCUUCUGUCCUGUGACGGUAUUACAUGGCACUACUUUGAGCAAAGACUUCAGGUCAUGUUUGCCAAAGUUCCUGAUGGUCAGGAAACUGCAACUUGAGUUUGAAAGCCUAAAUUACAGGAGCUUUCAUUUUUCAGCUCCAAGUGCAAUUAGGGUUGCAAUGACUUUGCUGACUCAGAGUUAAGUCGCCAAUUUUAACAUCACAGCAAGGUGAUAAGUGGUGUAUAAAUAUGGCCAAAAAUAACCUCUACGUGGAUUGGAAAUUACCAAAGCAUUGUAGAAUUGGAUUAAACGUCAAGAGGCUGACUAAUGAGUUUAUAGUUAUUUUAGCACUCCAUUCCACUUUAAAACAACUGCUGCAAUAAAGGUGUUUAUAUUUGUGUGUAUAUACUGUACAGACAUUGGCGCUAGCACUGAGUAGAACAUCUCACUCUGCACUCAAAAAUAGGAACUAUUCUUCUAUUGUAUUUUAUUAAAGAUAUUGUUUGUUUUUUAAUAAAGAACAAUUUGACAUGACUUCUUUUUCUCCUGAUAAACCUGAGUAAUGUUUUAAGCCUAAUCAGGCAGUUGAGAAUUCAGUUUAAUGAUAGCUAAACGCAGGAUGUUGGAUCAGUAUUGUGUGCGAAAGCUUCAGAGCAACAUUAUCUCUUGUUUGCAUAUGGUGGCAGUCCCAUCCAAAGAUAAUUGUGGUUCCCAUUGUGUGGACUUCCCAAUCUGAUCACCUCUGAUCUUUUUAAUAAUUUGGGAGAAAAGACUGUUUGUUUUUUUAACUGUUGAAUUAUAAUGCUGCAUUUCUUAAUUUGUGGUAAAAACACUUUUUUAGCUAAGCAAGAAUUUUAGAGGUAUGGAUUUUGUUAAUAAAGGGCUAACUAAUUUAAUGAUGAUGUUUGAAACCAAAGGAUAACCUCUAUCUGGCUGUGAUUUUGUAACUCAAAAGAAAUCUGUUUAAGAUAAUUACUUGUUUUAUUUAUUUCUAAUCUUAAAAUGGCUUUCUAAAUAUUCUUUAACAAACCUUAUAAAUGAUAGCACAUUCUCCAUUGCGAAGACCUGGCCAAAACCAACUGGCAGUGAAAAUAUGUAAAUAACAGUGGAAGAUGUAUAUAAUUUUUUUAAGACGCUGCAAAGGUUAUACUUUAAACAACUGAGCAAAAGUGGCUGUAUUAUUUUACUUUGGCUCUACUGAGUUAUAUUGUAUUUCCUUUCAUUUGUAGUUGCAUAGUGCAUUUUACAAUCUGCAUUACAUAAAAUGAGAUUUGUUCUUUUGAGAGGGGCACAUGUUAAAAAAAAUCUGUAAUAAAUUGAUUUUAAAAAGACAGACAAUUCUCUUUUCUA